UUACUUAGAGAACUAGAAUACCCUACAGUCAAACAAAUUGCAGUCCUUUGAGAAAACUCGUUGCUUAUUCACCCUCCUGCUUCAGCCCAGCCCUGGAAGUUUCCUUCCGCCAGGCAAAACCUCAGUGAGAGGGAAGUGAAGAUGAAAGCUUGUGCUCCUUUCACUCUCGUCUUGGCUCUGGCUCUGAGCGGUGACUGUAUGAAGAAGCACCACAAAUCUGGGCCAAGAAGAGAUUCAAAACAUGGCUUCACUCACCUACAAGUGUUUACAGAGGAUGGAAAUUUAUGCACAUUUCCUUUCCGGUAUGGUGGAAGGUUUUAUCACUCGUGUUUAUCAAAUCUAUUUUCCCGAAAGAAAUGGUGUUCAACAACACAUAACUACGACCGGGACAGGAAAUGGGGGUACUGCGCGUGGCUGUCCACAGAGCACUCAGAUUACUGUGCAAACAACCCUUGCCAAAAUGGAGGGACCUGUUUUCUCGCUCAUGGUCAUAGGACGUACCACUGUGCCUGUCUCGAGGAAUUCAUGGGAAGAGACUGUCAGAUGAAGAAAUGUUUUGAUGACAGUCUCUAUGAGUUCUUUGAUGCGGAUGUGAGCUGGGCAAGAGUCAAACAAGGAUCUGUGGAGCAGUGCAUUUGCGUGGAUGGGCAGAUGGAAUGCCAGAGAGUUGAACACAAAAGUUGUGUUCAUGAUCCUUGCAUGAAUGGUGGAGAAUGUAAAAUGAUUGCCUCCAGUGGGAAAACCGUGUGUGACUGCAAAGGACCUUUUGUAGGAAAGUACUGCAAUAUUGUUCCUAAUCAUCACUGCUAUCGUGGCAAUGGCACUGAGUACAGAGGUACGGCCAACACGACCAUUUCUGGACAUAGCUGCUUGCCAUGGAAUUCGGACUUACUCUACCAGGAGCUUCAUGUGGACAGCGUUGAGAAAGCACUACAGUUAGGCUUGGGGCCCUUCUCUUACUGCAGAAAUCCAGAUGAAGAUGAGAAACCAUGGUGUUACAUCAUGAAGGACAACAGUUUGUCUUGGGAAUACUGUAACAUUACAUCUUGUGCAAGCAGGGAAAGGAGGCCAGCAGUUCCAGAAGAUAUUGACACUUUUGUAGUUCCCAGAAGGCCAUGUGGGAGAAGGCACAAAAAAAGAAGUUUUGUGAGACCUAGGAUUGUUGGAGGAUCUUCAUCUUUGCCUGGAUCUCAUCCCUGGACAGCAGCUAUAUAUAUUGGAGAGAGCUUCUGCGCUGGAACUCUCAUUCAGACUUGCUGGGUUGUGUCAGCAGCACACUGCUUUGCUAACAGUCCUCAAAAAUCCUCUAUUAAAGUUGUUCUUGGUCAGCACUUCUUUAAUAGAACGACCGAUGUAACACAAACAUUUGAAAUAGAGAAAUACAUCUUAUAUCCUCAGUAUUCAGUGUUCAGCCCCACUGAACAUGAUAUUGCCUUGGUUAAGCUGAAGAAGAAUGGCCAACGUUGUGCCGUCAAGUCCCAGUUUGUUCAGCCCAUCUGCCUGCCAGAAAGCAACACCAUUUUCCCCGAUCAGUUCAAAUGUCAGAUUUCUGGAUGGGGACACAAGCAUGAGAAUAUAACUGGUUACUCAGAUGUACUGCAAGAAACACUGGUUCCAAUUAUUCCUGAGGAGAAGUGCAGAAGCCCUGAAAUUUAUGGAACAGAAAUCAGUGAAAAUAUGUUCUGUGCUGGCUACUUAGACAGCAAAUCUGAUGCUUGUCAGGGAGAUUCUGGUGGACCUCUGGCAUGUGAGAAUAACGAAAUCUCUUACCUUUAUGGAGUCAUCAGCUGGGGAGAUGGCUGUGCCAGAAUCAACAAGCCUGGAGUAUAUACAAGAGUAACAAACUAUGUAAAUUGGAUUAACGAGAGGAUAGCCCCUCGAAAAGCUAGUUGAACAUGUAACUAUGAUAUCAUUUCAAAUAGGGUCCAGGAGCCUUUUGGUUUCAUUAAAGUGGCAUAAAUAUUUUAUUAUAAGCUAGUAUGAAAAUUAUUGUGGUAAUUCUUAGAAAUUCCAAACCAGACCACUAAAAUUAGUCCUCAUCCCUCUGAUAUCAGUAACUCUGAGCUUCAGUUUUAGGGCUGUGGAUAGCUCAACAUGUGAGACUGUCUUUAUUUGUCUUAAUAAAGCUAACAUGUCAAAACUAAGUGUACUGACAUCUAAAACUGUUUAUCUUUUGGUGGAUUACGUGAAAAUAAGUAUUUAAAAGUUUCUGGUGGAGUUGUCAUCCCCUAAAACAACCUGUAACAAUGUUGGCCUUGUAUUUUCAGAUGUUAACAAAAUAAAAAGGAUGAACGCCAAAAAUAGAAUUAUCUUUCCUUCAGAAGUAAUUUCGUUACAGUUCAGCUGAAAGACGUCAGCAGAUAGGCUCCCCAGCUAAGCUAACUGCAGUAAACUACUUCUGGGAAGAAAACAGAGGAUUUAGGGUUUGAUUCAAAACAUGUAAGCAUAUUUUUAUGUUGCAAUAAAAAUAGAAAUGUGCUUCAGAGCUCUGCUGAAUUUGGUGUGCAAUUUUCCGGCAAAGUUAAUGCAACACCUCCUGAAAGCACAAAGCUUAUUGCUGAGAAAAGGUUUAAGUUGGUAGAUAAUGUUGUUCAACACAGUGGGGCUUGUUGCAGACCCUCUGCUUCUUCUCACAGAAUAGCAGUGCAAAUGUUUUACCUUGGAUAGAAAAUGUCCAAGCCUUUCUUAAAUUUGGCAGUGUUUUGAAGAUGUCUUAGAUUUUGUAAUAACAAGUUAUUUAACUGUUCAGAUAAUAUAGAAAAAGGAGGGUUUUGUUUUAUAAUGCUGCCAGUGUCCUCGUGGAUUUCUUAGUCCUGGUGAAUGACAUGGUCCUUCACCACAUCCUUCUCUCUAAAUUGGACGGGUGUGGAUUUGAAGGAUGGACUGUUUGGUGGAUUAAGAACUGGCUGACUGGUUGCAGCCAAAGGGUUGUGAUCAAUGGUUCUGUGUCAGGGUGGAGGCCGCUCACAAGCGGUGUCCUUCAGGGGUCGGUCUUGGGACUGGUGCUCUUCAACAUCUUCAUCAACGACACAGACCAUGGCAUCAAGUGCACCCUCAGCAAGUUUGUGGAUGACACCAAGCUGAGUGGUGCAGUUGAUACAUUGGAGGGAAGGAAAGCCAUCCAGAGGGACCUGGACAGGCUGGAGAAGUGGGCCCACAUGAAAAUAAUGAGGU